AUGUUGUUAGAUAUGUUGUCGAGUGGUGGAUUUCCAGAGAAUAUGAGUAAGCUCUCAUACUUCCCAUCUGGUGUUGUUGAUCAGAACAAGAAGGAUUUAUGCUCUGAUAUUGAUGUUGCGGAGAUGUUAACCUUCUCAUCUGAGCUGGAAAGCAUGAAUCUCUAUGUUGUAAGGGCUGAUGAUCCCUUCUUAGAUGAUGUUCUCGUUGGAGGAGAUGAAGAAGAAGAAGAACCAGAGAGUGAUGGUGAAUGGGCAGAUUUUUACAAAGAUGAUUAUGUUGAUAGUGAUGAUUCUGAUGAUGAAGGCGGUAAGAUUGAGUUUUUUGUGGGGCAAACAUUUGUUUCAAAGGAAAAGUGCAGAGAGACAAUAGAGAAAUAUGCAGUGAAAGAGAAGGUUAACAUCCAGUUUCAGAGAUCCGAAAGGAAGAAAGUAGCAGUGGUUUGUGUGGCUGAGAACUGUCAAUGGAGAUUGUAUGCUUCAAUCAAUAGUAAGUCUGAUAAUAUGGUGGUCAGAUCUUACAUAGGAAACCAUAGUUGUUAUCCUAGUGGAGUUGUCAAGCUUUACACUGCUCCCAAGAUAGCUGCUGAUUUUCUGAACGAGUUUAGGACUAAUCCGAAACUGAAAGCUGAGCAUAUAAUGCAGAGACUGGCACUCAAAGGUCUUCGGGUUACUAAGACUAAAUGUCAGAGUGCAAGGCAAAUAAUGUUGCACAUUAUAAGUGAUGAGUAUGCUGAGCAAUUUACAAGGAUGUAUGAUUAUGUUGAAGAAUUGAAGAAGACAAAUCCUGGUUCAACAUUUAUUUUAGGUACAAAAGAGAGAGUGUUUGAGAAGUUUUAUACUUGCUUUCAAGCGCAAAAGAUUGGUUGGAAGAGUGCUUGCCGCCGUAUAAUACAUUUAGAUGGAACGUUUUUGAAAGGCCACAUGAAAGGACAAUUACUUACUGCUGUGGGAAGAGAUCCUAACAAUCAAAUGUAUAUCAUUGCUUGGGCUAUCGUUCCAGUGGAGAAUAAGGUAUAUUGGGAGUGGUUUAUGGAAUUGCUGCGAGAGGAUUUGGGUUUGGAGCUUGGAAAUGCUCUAGCGUUGUCUUCUGAUCAUCAAAAAGGAUUGAUAUAUGCCAUUAAGAAUGUGCUCCCAUAUGCAGAACACAGGAUGUGUGCUAGACAUAUUUUCGCAAACUUGAAGAAAAGACAUGGUCAAUUAGAUCAGUUGCAUAAGCUCUUCUGGAAGUGUGCAAGAUCUUAUAAUAAGCAUGUUUUCGACAGGAAUUUAGAGAAGAUGAAAUCAGUCAAAGUUGAAGCUUAUGAGGAAGUGAAAAGAAGCGUCACCUCAAACUGGUCAAGAGCAUUUUUCAGUGAUGUUACAAAGUCACCUGCCGUUGAAAACAACAUUAGUGAGUCCUACAACGCCAUUUUGAAAGAUGCAAGAUGCAAACCAAUAAUCGGAUUGCUAGAGGACAUUAGAAGGCAUGUGAUGUCAAGCAACCUUGUCAAGAUUAAUGAGAUUGAAAAAGCUACUGGUCUCAUUACACCCAAGGCAUUAGCUAUCAUAGAAAAUCGGAAGCAAAGUCUAAAAUGGUGUCAUCCAUUUUCAAAUGGGAGAGGCGUUUAUGAGGUUGAGCAUGGAAGGAACCAAUAUGUGGUCAAUGUUCGCGAAAAUGUUUCUUGCACUUGUAGGGCGUUUGAUAUAAGUGGCAUUCCAUGUUGUCAUAUAAUGUCUGCAAUGUGGGCUGAGUACAAAGACACAAGACUACCCGAGUCUCUGGUUUCAGAUUGGUACUCUAUUGAGAAGUGGAAGCUUUGUUACAGCUCUCUGAUUUUUCCUGUGAAUGGGAUGGAGAUGUGGGAGACACAUAGCGAUGGAGUUGUAAUGCCUCCUCCAGAUAGGAUCAUGCCAGGAAGACCAAAACACAAUGCUAGAAUCCGUGAUCCAAGCGAAGGAAGAAGCUGUAAUCCAACUCAGACCGAGGCUUCUGAAACUGAGAAUACUCAAACCCAAGACAACUUGCUUGAACCAACAGCAAAGGCACAUGAGAAGAUAGUAGUGAAAUGUUCUAAUUGUGGAGAAGCCCACCAUAACAGGCAAACUUGCACUAAGGAGCCAGUAAAUCCGCCUAAACCAGCCAAACCACCCUCUGAAUUUCCUUCUGUUCACGCAAAUGUUAUCAUGACGUGUGGUAAUUGCCGCCAACCUGGUCAUAACAAACGUAAAUGCAAGCUGCCCCCGGUUCCUAAGCCACAAAAUCUACGAUCAGGAAGACCUUCCAAGAAACAGAAGACAGUGGAUGCAAUAACUGUGGGGAGAGAUGCAAUAACUGAGGGGAUGGAUGCAGUCGGCUUGUAG